GACCCGCCGCGUUCUUGCUUUUCUCCAGCUCUCUCUUCUGAGUACAAUAGUUGACCCCACUACAAGACUAGUGACGAAGACUCCAUCUGUGACGCCCAAUCCAUAAUCGACUCCAACAUAAGUCUUCACUCCACAGUCCGAGACUACUGCUACGAAAAUGGCCGUCGAUACCACGCCUACCGAAACGGCCAAUACCCCAUGCCAAACGACGAGGAAGAGCAAGACCGUCUAGCAUUCAUGCACCAUCUGUUCAAACUGCUUCUAGGUGGAGACCUGUACUGUGCCCCUAUAGCUCAAGACCAGAUGCCCGAGCGCAUCCUCGACGUCGGCACCGGUACCGGCAUCUGGGCGCUUGAAAUCGCUGAGGACUUUCCCGAUGCGGAGAUCGUCGGCACCGACCUGAGCCCUAUUCAGCCUCAUUGGGCGCCUCCCAAUUGCACAUUUCUUGUCGACGAUGCGGAGAGUGAGUGGGCGUUCAGUCCAAGUGAGGCUUUUGACUAUAUCCAUGUCCGUAGUUUGGGCGGUGGCAUAUCUGAUUGGGAGCAUUUCCUGCAACAGGCGCACGAUCAUGUCAAGCCUGGUGGCUGGGUUGAAAUCCAGGAGUAUGAGACCUGGAUUUGCUCCGAUGAUGGCACUCUCGAGCAGGCGCAUAUGAUUAUGGAUUGGCAGAAUAAGAUAGAUGAAGCGAGCAAGCGCUUUGGGAGACAUAUGAAUGUUGCUGAACGCCUUGCUCAGUGGAUGGAAGAUACUGGGUUUAUAAAUGUUCAGGAUGAUGUCUACAAGGCUCCCGUGGGUUCAUGGCCCAGAAAUAGCCGAUUGAAGGAAAUCGGAAGAGUGGGCAAGGUUACUCUAUACGAGGCCGUCGAACCAUACACGCUGGCUCUCUUCACCCGGGUCCUCGGAUACUCGCCCGAAGAUGCCCGGGAGUAUGUGGACAAAGUGCGCGCAGAGCUGCUCGAUGGUUCCUAUCACCUCUACGUGCGAUACCACUAUGUGUACGGACAGAAGCCAUUGGCAGGAUAAACAAACAAGCAAGUAUCAAUGAAUGACGACAAUGAGGGACGCCGCAAUGCAUAUGGUUUUAUCUUUUGUCUGUGAUUUUACUCUAAUACCCAUCAAUGUU